UGUUGGCAACUACCUUUGGCUUACCCAACGGGGACACUACCUGUCAAUAGUUAUAUUAGACAUAUUUGAAUUAGAGUUUAGAUUCAUGAACAAAAUAGGAAGAAGAAAUUGUGUCACUUGAAACUGUCAGAGAGAUGCUGGCGCCCUAAUUAAUGGUUAUUCUAGCCUCAGCUUUGAGUUACACUGGUAGAAAACCCUGUGGGAGGAAUGUCACCUGCCCCAGUCUCAGGCUGAGGCUCAGGUGCGCCGUUGGGGAUCUCGCCACAUGAUGCCCAAGGAUCUACCGUAACAGGAGCAAAAAUGACUUUGUGAGAUCUGUUGAUCUGAGAUUUGUUGUUGUGCUUUGCGUGGUGAUCGCUGGGAUGGCCGCCUCCAACGGCAAAAGUGACCGAGCGUCCAAAUUCGAGACCUUAAAGCUGUUGGAGAAGUGCAGGCAGGAACGAGAUGAUGCCGUCCACAGGGAAAGCGUCCUCAAGGAGAAGCUGAGGCAGUACGAGUCCAGGAUGCGCUCUACCGAGGCCCUCAAGCAGAAACUGAAGACCUUGACCUUAGACAACAAGGAGCUGAGGAAGCAAGUGAAGGCCCUUCGCACGGAAAUCGGCCUCGAGUGCAGCCCCAAGUUCAACGGCAAGACCACCAAGGACAUCAUCAACGACCUGCAAGAGAAGGAGCGUGAGUGCACCUCGCUGGCGGACAAGACCAGCAAGCUGAGUCUGACCCUCGACGACCUGACGUCCGAGCUGGCUAACACGGUCACCUCCAAGACGCUCCUGGAGGAGCAGGUGCAGUCUUUGCAGCAGAACCUCAAAGACAUGACCAACAACCAGCGGCGCCUCCUCAAGCUGUGGGAGGACAAGAAGACCCAGCGAGAGCAGCAGGCCCUCCCCGCCAUUGCGCUAAAACCAGGACAGAAGCCGAUUGCCCACAAAGCCGUUCAGACGGACAUGUCCAUCAGUUCAACACAGAAGCUUCCCGCCAAUGCGUUUGAGUCCAAAUUGUUGACCCCGGACGACCAAAAAACUGCUUUGGAAUUUUAUGGGAAUGGCUAUCAUCAGGAGAAGUCUUUAAUGCAUGAUGAAAGUAAUGGGAUUCAGAACUGA